GACCAGUUCUUGUAAAGAACCAGAAGAAACACCGGGAAUGCUAACUGAGACGUGUGCGUCCUGUUGAGACAAUAUCAGGUUUCCAGACUGAAAUGUUUUCAGAGUUCAAAGGUCGUUAAGUCAUUUCUCUCCAUUUGAAACUUUCGAGUUUACACCUGAGCGUUCGACUUGGUUCUGCCACGGUUCUGCCGGGUCGUUUCGUCAGACUGCAGGAUGGACAUCCGACCCAAUCACACGAUCUACAUCAACAACGUCAACGAUAAAAUCAAGAAGGAAGAGCUGAAGCGCUCGCUCUACGCGCUCCUCUCUCAGUUCGGGCAGAUCAUUGACAUCGUGGCCAUGAAGACGCCGAAGAUGAGGGGGCAGGCCUUCGUCAUCUUCAAAGAGCUCACCGCCGCCACCAACGCUCUGCGGCAGCUGCAGGGCUUCCCCUUCUUCAACAAGCCCAUGAGGAUCCAGUACGCCAAGACCGACUCGGAGGUCAUCUCCAAGAUGAAGGGCACGUACGGAGACAAGGAGAAGAAGAAGGAGAAGAAGAAGAAGGCUCAGGAGGCAGCAGCGGCGGCGGCGGCAGCGAACGCCACCAAGAAACCAUCAGCGGUUUCUGCUGCUCCUCUUCAGACUCCUGCAGCUCAGGUUCCGGACAAUCCGCCGAACCACAUCCUGUUUUUGACCAACCUCCCCGAGGAGACCAACGAGAUGAUGCUGUCCAUGCUCUUCAACCAGUUCCCGGGUUUCAAGGAGGUCCGGUUGGUUCCGGGCAAACACGACAUCUCCUUUGUGGAGUUUGAGGGCGAGAGUCAGGCGGGCGUGGCCAAAGAUGCGCUGCAGGGCUUCCGGAUCACGGCCACCUGUGCCAUGAAGAUCACCUACGCCAAGAAGUAGUCCGGUCCGUGGGUGGACAGAGACUCUGGGGAGGGGCGUUUUUUUAUUUUAAAUUUUUGUUCUUUUUGUCU